AUGAUCAGUUAUGGGAGAAGGUCAAGCUGUGGUAUUGCAAGCUUAUUGAGUAUGGGUAAUGAUGGUGGAUCUUUUAGUAAGUCUUAUAACUUGAAGUUAGAGUUAGACAAGGAUACGACUAAUCAGCCGGUUAGUGACGAUAAUGUCAAAGAAUUUCAAGACGGCUCUAUUUGGAAGUACUGUAAAUUGAGCAAUAAGCCAUUGUUGGUGCCUAUAGUUAGUGACUAUAAGGGUCAGUUGUUUAAUAAAGAGUCUGUCCUGGAAUGGCUGCUUACUCCGGAGAAAGAGGAUUAUACAUCUCAACAGGUUGAGCAAUUUAAACAUAUAAAGAAACUAAACGACGUAAUUGAAUUGAAAAAUAUAAUUCAAUCUUCCAAUGGAGAGAUACGGUGUGGUUAUGGGGAUGAUGUACUUGGCAAGAAUCCCAAAGUAAGAUUUAUAUAUAUCAGUAAAUGUGGUGAUGUUUUACCAAAAAGAAUUAUUUCGAGAGACAGUGAGAAGAAAUGUCCAGUUUGCAACGAAGUUUAUGAAGUUGCAGAUAUUGUCAACAUCAAUUAUGAGGAUUCCGCAAGUACAGCCAAGAGAUUGGAAUACUUGGUUAAAAACAAAAUAUACCACAAUGGUAAAAGUAAGGUCAAGAAAAGAGUUUCAAAAACAAACAAAAUUACAAAACCUAAUCACUAA